GGGUUACUAUUAUUUUAGCAUGUUAUGUCACUGACUGUGUUGUUGAAAGUUAUUAAAAUAAUGGAUUGGAUUGGAUUGGAGAAAGAGAAUAAUCGAACAGGCAAUAACAACAUAUUGAAAUUGGUUUAAACGAAGAGCAUUAAAAUAAUACAUAAACGGAAAAACAAAGUUUUCACAUGUCUGGCACAUGUCGCUGCUUAUUAAUUUUCUUCUGUUUUCUACAAAUUUGUCUUCCUCAAAUGUUAGAGGAACCGAAAAACUUUGAUAUAGUACCACGAGUGGUUAAUGGCUGGCCUGCAAAGAAAGGAGAUGUGCCUUAUCAGAUAGCGUUCAAAUCGCUGCGUUACCGUUAUAAAAGGAUCUAUAUGACUUUCUGUGGUGGUGUUAUUAUAGCCCCAAAUAAAUUGGUUACCGCUGCGCACUGCUUUGAUGAAAAGACGAGCCCCUGUCGGAAAUUUUGGGGCAAGAGCGUCAAAGCCAGCAAGAAAUUAGUAGCUCGUACGUACGCAGUAGCUGGAAACUUAUACAACUUAGCUGUAUUCUCAAGCAAGGAUACUUUUGAGGAUGGACAGUGGAGAAGACUUAGAGAAGUCAUAUAUCCUCGCGUUUAUGAUUUUCCCAAAUUUGAUAUUGCAGUUGCUUUCACGAUAAAUCCAUUUCAUUACGACGCGUACGUAGGCCCUAUACCAAUAGCAAGUCGAUAUAGAGAUUACGUCGGCAAGUGCUUGGUCUCCGGCUACGGAAGGAUUUCCAAAAAAGAAACUUCAGAAUAUCUUAUACUAGCACAUCUGGAUCUGAUUCCUCGACGCCAAUGUAAUGCGAUACAUCAUCGCAACAUGCAACAUUACGUGUGCACCUCGGGUCGAAUCAGCGACGUUCAGAAGGGUGAUUCGGGCGGUCCCCUGGUAUGCCAGGGUACAGGAGACCCCAACGAGAAAGACAAAGGUAUACUAGUAGGUAUUGUAAGCGGUCAUCGGGAACGCGCUGGGACAUUCUUCACGAGAGUAUCUUCUUACUAUAACUAUAUACAGAGCAAAUCAAUGGCAAGACAGCAAGAGUCUUUCGACAUAUCUAUACCCAAAUACAUACUAACAGAAACCACUAUGUAG